AUGGAAAUAAACGCGCUGCAACACAAGCCACAUAAUACCUCAACCCAUCGACUACUCUAUCGUGGAGCUCUUUCUCUUCCCGACUCGCAUAUGCUUUUGGACGGGCUAAGCUUCACUGUUAGUUCACAUACUGGAGAAAGCUCUUCUACUACUUAUGGGGUAGAUCUUUUAAAUAACCCCCUCACGCUGGCGCUGGAGAGUAUGCGCGGUCGGAACCUCCACUUCCUAGGUACUGCUAGCCUAUCAGAGGUGUGGAUUGACGCAAAGAGUGACGGAGUGGUUAGCGUAGACAUUCAUCCACAGGCUGCUUUGAGUCGGAUGUACUUCGAGGCGCUGUUUUGCCUAGAGGGUAGCAUGACACUUGACGGAAAAAGCGAGUAUGGCAUGCGGGUUAGCUUGAGCGAUAGUGAUGAUUCGGACGCAUCCGACAUUCUCAUAUAUGCCCAACUACCACCGAACGGCCCUGUACCCGCAUACGGCGCGUUAGAUCUUCCUUCAACGUCGACCUCUGCACCAAAUUCUCUCCGCCUCAUUGCAGCGCGCAUCCUUCCCGGCCCUCCCCCCGCGCCCGCACCUCCCCGGCCGAGACCCGACGACCCUACCCCGCGUUUACCACCCUCUGCUUCAAAACGAAAACGCGACCAGUCGCCAUCUGAUGAAAGGAAACGGACGAAAUCGGGCAGAGAAUCCAGUAGCAAGACCAAGGGAAAGGCUCUCGAGAUCAGCGAGGAUGCAGAGACUCUGAGGCUAGCGAGAGAAACGAUGAGGCGAUUACCAAAGCCCGGCACAUCUGUGUCACGCAUUGCGGGAGGAAGAACAGCGUCAAGGACGAAGGAUUCUAAGGAGUUCAAAAUUCCAAAAGUGCCCCACCGAACGUCAAAAGCUGAUGUGAAGGCACAUGGGGAAGGCUUUGGGUCUUCUAGCUCUCAGCCGCUAGAGGAUCCGGAAGAACAGGGAAAAGCGAACAAACUGGUGAUUAAACAAGCGACCGUACUCUGCUUGGCCGACUAUUCGAUUGCGAAAGAAAAUCCCGAGUACAAGGCUAUCUAUAACGCUAUAUAUCAAGGCGUGUGCUUCGCUAUGCGAGCACAGAUGCGUACUGCCCCCGUCAACACUUGGAUGGUUUACAGAUUAGUCGAUUCACACGCAAAGAUGUAUGUUCAAGUAGAUGAAUAA